AGUGCUGGGAACGCUCAGGAUUAUUGAAGAUUGCGCACAACACGUCGCUGUGUUGCGAGUGUCUCUUCUCAAUCCCAUUGCACCUUACUAAAAAUCAACAUAUCUCUUGCUCAAAGUGUUGCUAUCGAUCCGUUCUCAUCAUGAACGGCGACAGCUAUUCUUCUAGAGAUGCUGGACGGCACUCGUCGUCUCGCGAUUACUACUCUUCGAGACCGGAUCGUGAGGAACGACGAGAGCGCGAUCGAGGGAGCGACCGGCGUCGAUCCAGAUCACCGGGCCACCGUGGCUCUCGAUCAAGUCGACGCGAUUAUGAAGCAGACACGUAUUCCUCUAGUCGCGACUAUCGGGAGCGUGAAAGGGAGGAAAGAUACUCUGGGAGGGAUAGGCGGGAUGACCGGGGCUGGGAUAGAGACCGUGGCAGUUCAAGGCGCGAUGCAAGACGAGACGAUGACGGCGACCGAUCUUAUCGAAGGGAUAGAGACAGGGACCUUUUUGAUGAUCGCGGAGGCCGGAGCAGGAGAGCAGAUCGGGAUGGCUUUGGCGGUGGGCGGGAGCGCAGAAGGAGUGCUACUCCGCCUGCGAAGAAGAAAGAGCCCACCCCUGAUCUGACCGAUGUCGUGUCCGUCUUAGACCGCAAGCGUCGCUUGACUCAGUGGGAUAUCAAGCCGCCUGGCUACGAAAAUGUCACCGCAGAGCAAGCAAAGUUGUCCGGAAUGUUCCCACUCCCCGGUGCUCCUCGACAGCAGCCAGUGGAUCCGAGUCGUCUUCAAGCCUUUAUGAAUCAGCCAGGCGGAACAGCAAGUAACGCUUCCCUCAAACCAUCAACUUCUCGACAGUCGAAACGUCUCUUUGUGUCAAAUUUGCCGGCUUCCGUCACCGAGGAUACGCUCGUCCAAUUUUUCAAUCUACAGCUUAAUGGUUUGAACGUCAUUGAGGCCGCAGACCCAUGUAUCUCUGCACAGGUAUCCCAGGACCAUGAGCGCGCCCUCUUGGAGUUCAAAAACCCUUCGGAGGCUACAUUAGCGUUGGCUUUCGAUGGCAUUACAAUGGAUGAUGGAGGCAGUGGCGCUACCAAUGGCUCCGCAUCUGGGCUCUCUAUACGUCGACCGAAGGAUUACAUUGUUCCAGCAAUUACUGAUGAUUCGGUCUACGAGGAGGGGGUUGUCUCAAGCAUCGUUCCCGAUACGCCAAACAAAAUCAGCGUAUCGAACAUUCCAUUUUAUCUUACCGACGAGCAAGUAACUGAAUUAUUGGUCUCGUUUGGAGAACUUAAGGCCUUUAUUCUCAUCAAAGACCGCGGAACGGAAGAAUCUCGGGGCGUUGCUUUCUGCGAGUAUGUGGACCCUGCAGCCACUGACAUCGCUGUCGAGGGCUUGAAUGGUAUGGAGCUCGGCGACAAGCAUUUGAAGGUGCAGCGAGCUAGUAUAGGCGUCCAGCAGGCCACAGGAUUAGAGAUGGGCGUCAAUGCAAUGUCUAUGCUCGCUGGGACCACAUCCCAUGACCUUGAAGAAAGCCGCGUUAUCCAGUUGCUUAACAUGGUCACCCCGGAUGAGCUCAUUGACAAUGAGGACUAUGAAGAAAUCUGUGAAGAUGUUCAAGAAGAGUGUUCGAAGUUCGGCACAAUCCUUGAAAUGAAAGUGCCUCGGCCUAGCGGAGGCAGCAGACAAUCCGCCGGCGUCGGCAAGAUCUUCAUCAAAUACGAUUCGCCAGCAUCUGCCGGCAAAGCACUUCAAGCUCUAGCAGGCAGAAAGUUCGCGGAUAGGACAGUCGUGACCACUUUCUUCUCCGAAGAAAACUUUGACGUCAAUGCCUGGUAAAAUGGCCCCUUUGAGGCCUUUCCUGAUAAAUUUCUAAAAGACCCAAACCUUGAAUAAUAACCUCGCUACCUCGUGGUGUUCUGCUGGCCAUGCAAAUUCAUCUCAGCGUCCCGUCAACAUUCGAUGCAACAAACUGUAUUUCUAGCACAGCCUGAUCCGGGCGAUUGUGGAAUUGGAAUAAAAGCGUAAUUAUAUGGGGUUUUUUUCUUAUUGGCUCAAUGGCUCCCGUAAACUGCUUAAUUAUGCAAUGUCCUAGUAAUACGCAUGGCAAGCCACAGUACCAGCAUUGAUUGGGAGGUUGCUGGGUGAGAGCAUCCGAGUAUCUCAACGGGUUGAUGAAUUCAGCCCAGCUGCUUGAUUAGGUAGAGCGUCUCAGCCAACGCUAAGUUGAGCUAGGGCGCUAGGACCAUUUCAGUGACGGCAGCGUCACUCGCUUCAAGCGAUGACCCAAGUCCCUCCGCAAUAAUGUUCCCCGAGCUUCAUUAUCCUAUCACCCCAC